GUUUUGACUACAAGUGGAAGACAGCUCUUUGAAAUACAUGAUGGCCACUUGUCAGCUUUUAAGUAGGCCGAAGAAUAAGUCCUCUAAGGAAUUUCUGUUGUUCCCCAACAAAAUCACUACUAAGCAGCAGUCUGUGGUGCUGGUGAAAAGACUUCUGGCCAUCUCUGUCUCCUGCAUAACAUACCUGAGAGGGCUGUUCCCUGAGAGUUCUUAUGGAACACGCUAUUUAGAUGACCUCUGUCUAAAAAUUCUACGAGAAGAUAAAAGCUGUCUGGGAUCGUUUCAGAUAGUCAAGUGGAUUCAAGGUUGUUUUGAUGCUUUGGAGAAGCAGUAUCUACAUGUUGCUGUCCUAGCAAUGUACACCAAUCCCGAGGAACCGGAGACAGUGACUGAACUGUAUCAAUUCAAGUUCAAGUACAAACAGGAGGUGCCCGAGAUGGACAUCAUCAGCAACGGGAGGAACUCUGUGAAUGGAGUGUGCAGCGAGGACAUGAAGCAAGCCUGCAGCCUCCUGAUCCGUAAGCUGUACCUGCUAAUGCAGAACCUGGGCCCACUUCCCAAUGACAUUUCCCUGACCAUGAAGCUCCUCUAUUACAAUGAUGUGACUCCUGAUGAUUACCAGCCACCUGGCUUUAAGAAAGAUGACAACCCUGGGGACCUGUUGUUUGAUGGUGAUCCUGUCAACUUGAAACUAGGGUCAGUCUCCACUGGGUUCCACACCUUGAAGGUGAAAGUAACAACUGAAAACAAAAGAAUGGGGAGAGUUGAAAGCAACCUGAUCCAGAAGAAUAGCCCUACUGAGAUCUCCCAUCAAGGGCUAGACUGCGAUGAAGAGGAAGAGGAGGGAAGCACUAAGAACAACCCUCUCCCUGUCAGAGCAGAGUCAGAUGAGCAUGGAAAGGACAGAAAUUAUACCCAUCCAGGCCUGGGAACUGAAGCAUCUUCUUUUUGCCUUCAAGAUACAGGUGGAAAGGGAAAGAUGGAAAUAAAAGAGAUGGGCAGGCGGCCUUCCGCACAGGCAUCUCAGCAGAUAAGCUGCCUGAACCUUGCAUUUAGCCAGGAAGAGGUAAUAGGACCCAAGAAGAAAAGGAAGCUUGUGGUUACCAGCAGAUUCUAAGAAAAGUCUUUCCACUGCAGAUUGGAAUCAUCUAAGCCACUUACACGUAUCCUUUUAUUUAUUGGUGAUUCUGCUUGGCCAGCUAAAGGUAAAAAAACCACCUCUUUCUUGUAUUUCAGGCGCAUUUCUAGUUAACACUCAUUAACUGACUUCAUGUAUGUUACACAUCGUCAACCUGAUUCACUACUGACAUAAAACAGAAGCAAUUCGUUAGUAACGGUCCCCUGCCAAUUAGUGAACUAAAUUACGUUUGAACAAUUUUCUUCAAAGAUUCUCCUCCUUCCCCCAGUGCAUCAUUUGGCAAGUCCCCUGCAUGCUUACAGUAAUUAUGUGCGUGCAGUGAAAGGAGACUGUUACCUCUUCAAGCAAAAUAAAUGAAUAUGUGAUCUUUGUGUUAAUAUAACAAUGAGUAAUACAAAGAAUCACAGACAUCCUCCCUUUGAUCUGCCAGAGAUACAAACAGCAAUUAAGAUGACAAGCCGUUUUAAAACCCUGAAUAUUGGGAAGGUUCCGUGAGGGGAAAGCGAUUGUUGUGUAGGGUUUUCAGACAACUGGUGAAAAAGGGGAGCCCUUCUUGUCCCUGGGGACCGCAGGCCUUUGGGCAGACGUGCUGUGGGUAUCCUGGCACCUGCCGAGCCACCAACAGGUUGGUGGUGCUUCUAAAAAUCGUUCCCUCUUUCUGGGAUAGCGUUUAACAAGAAGAGUGGUAUCUCUGUUUCAAAUUGAAAGUCAAACUGAAGUCAAACGGAAAAUGUUUAGCAUUGUCUCAACCACAUCCUUAAAUACAUUGGCCGCAGCGAGAAAAUAACCCCGAGCUCUGGUGCCAUGCAGCGAUGGUGGGGACAGGUGUCAGGUUGGGUUUAACGUGAAAGCUGAGGAUUCUUUUGGGAUUUCCAGUGCCGCGUGAGAUCUAGGAAAUCAGCUCAUCUGACUUUCGGGUUUGGAAGGAGCGCAGAAAGAAGAAAUGAAACGUGACACAUGAGUGGGAGAAACGAAGACACUUUCACACUUUUAAAAAGCGUGAGAGUUAGGAGCUUUGACAUUGAUUUCAGUGGAGCACGGGGGAGCCUCUGCCCGCAGUGAUACCCACAAAGCAGAAAUCAUAUGUUGUCAGCACUGCCCAAAUGAGAUGGGCUAUCAUUUUUUCCCCACUGGAUUUCUGUAGCCAAACCCUUGAAUUAUCUUGACUAUCCCUGCUAUAAAUGGGAUUGGAAACCAGCUGGUAGUUUUCACGAGUCCAGUUCUAAUAAUGAACCUUUAUCUGAAGAACUGUUCCUUCAGGUUGUUCUCUCUUGGCUGAGACUUUAAUUUUCAGACUUUCUGCAUUUUUCCUCUUUAGUCAGCAGGUAAAGUAUGUAGUCGUGGCUGCCGGAGCCGAGUGCCUGCAUUUGUCAUGCCACAGAGCUGCCAUUCUCAGGGGCCAAGAUCUUUGUGCCAGCAGCAUCGUGUCACCCCAAUGGAAUCCCACCCACGUGUGGCGCUGGGCAAAGUCUUUUUUGUUAAUGGAUGAGUAAAAUUGCAUCUGGCUUUUGUUGUCAUCACGAGGUAAGUAAGAGGGAUUUGCAUCUCAGCUGGCACACUUUCUGUAGGCAGCUUCCAAGGCUAAUUUCAGGCAGGCUGGCACGAAUAUCCUUCCUUUACACAUAGACUGAGGCUCGGAAGCCUAAUAGGAGUUUUCCAUAGGAAACACCGCCCUGGGUAUCCGUGUGCCAGAUGUGCUCCUAUGGCAUUUCCCUGCACAUCAAUGACCUACUGUUCCAGCACGGAAUCGAUCGGCCUUCUUGUGACGUGUUCUAAAUACUUUGCUGUGAGAUUUGUCAUGUAUAGGCUAGAAAAAUAGUAAUUAAGGCACCUCCAGGUGUAAAACAUCCGCUGAUUCAACGCCGUCUCGGUGAUGUCUGGCCGGGCAGAGCAGUGGUACCACCGUGCCCCCUUGGUCAGAACUGUUCUGCAAGGACUCAAGAUCUGUGCCCAACCUCUGGAGGUCGUCUUGUCCAUUAGAGAUUGGAUUUAACUCUGUGUUCAACACAUAUUAAGGAGGGGAUCUGUCGUGCAGACCUAACCCCAAGCAUCCUUCAGGAAGUUUUGGGUUGCUGCUGUUUACAGGAAAGCCCCAGGUCCUUCCCUGGCUUUAGGGAAUCGCUUACCUGUGGGAGCAGUGCGGGCACGUACAGAAUGCUGCUUGCUCUUAUGGGCAUGCCGUGAUAUAUUCUGUUCAUGCUACUUGUAUUUCUUCACAGGACAUGCAGAGGGGAUGUUUACUCUGAUGAAAGUCUAGGACUGAUAACAGGAAACCAAGUUCUUUGUACAGCAAAUUGGCCUUGAAUCACAAACCGAUCUUUUUUUUUUUUUCAUCAACAGAGAGUAAGACUGUCUGAAACACAGGAACGUGAUGUGUCCUGAAAACAGCGUGGCAUUUGGAGUUGGCUGAGCUCUACCCAAACCUUUGCCAGCCUCAGAACUAUGAAUUGAAUGUCAACCCGAGCAGGUGGCACAUGGGCUGGGAAGCCAUCAGGGACAGUUGCUUUUUGUCUGUAAAGACAUCUUCUUACCAGUUCAGUUGAUCCAAAGAAGUUACCAGGAAGCUGAAGCUGCUUGUCUCCAUGGGUUGAGCACAGCACUGGGACUCGAGAGCUUCCUGCAUGCCCCAGAGGGGGCAUUUCUGAACUGUAAGUGUCUCACUUCAUUGCAGGAGAGUUGGAGUAGAUGAUCUUUAAAGAUCCCUUCCAACUGAAGUGAUACUGUUAUUUGGUGAUUCCGGGGCUUGGUACACAAAUCUCUCCCUCUCUUCCCUCCUUUAAAAAGUGCUGCCCAUGGGAAGAAGGAGCACCAUCCUGUGAGCCCUUGCAGAAGCUGCCAUCACAGAACUUUGAUACUGUUGGAUGUCUAUAGAGGCUUCCACAGUGCUCAUAAACAGCAUAAUGGGGUGCAGUUUCAAUAAAAGUCAGUCUUUCCAAAGUCAAGGAGUUCUGCUUGC